GAUGGAGCGGCGGGUGCCGCGGGGCCCGCCCGGAGCCGGGGCCGAGCUGGUGCUGCGGGACCGCGGCCUGAGCGAGGAAGAUGUAAAAAUUCUGCUUCAUGGUCUUUGCUCCAACACCACAGUCAAAUCUUUAGAUCUGAAGGGAAAUAACCUGCGAACUGGGGGAGCUGAGGCUUUGGGAAAACUUCUUGCAAAGAACAAAACCAUCAGGAGCCUCACCUUGGAAUGGAACAACCUUGGCGUGUGGGAGGAGAGCUUCUCCCUUUUCUGCCAAGGACUGGGAGCAAACAGUGUUCUCCAACGGCUUGAUCUGCGCAGUAACCAGAUCAGCCAUCAAGGGGCUGGAGAGCUGGCCCUGGCACUGGAACAAAAUUCCAGCCUUCAGGAAUUAGGUAGGAGUGAUUUGCGUUGGAAUAAUAUCGGGCUUCUGGGUGGCCGAGCUUUGUUGAAUUGCCUGCACAGCAACAAGACUCUGAAGAGGCUGAAGCUGGCUGGGAACAAUGUUCCUAGUGACAUCCUGAAGGCUGUGGAACAGGCGAUGGAUCACAACCAACACUGCCAGGCUAUCCUGAGUGAGGCCCAGAACCGAGCAGACAUACUCAGCAAGGAGGUUUUGAGUCUGAAGGAUGAGAAGACCAAACAGUUCUUGGAUUUGAUGGACACUAUAGACAAGCAGAGAGAAGAAAUAGCCAAGGGUGACAGGGUGGCCACAGCACGAGUCAGACAGCUGCAGGAAGCGCUGGAUGAGCAGCACUCUAUUAUGAAUUCACUGAAAGCCAAGCUGCAGAUGACUGAAGCUGCUCUGGCUCUGUCUGAGCAGAAGGUGCAUGACUUGGGAGAGCUACUGAAUGCUGCAAAACAGGACCAAACCAGCAUGGCUGAACGCCACUUUAUGGAGCUCCAGCAACAGAAGCAGGAAGGUAUUGAUCGGGAAGGCAAGCUUCGGCGUGACUUGUCUGCUGCCAGUGAGAAAAAUCUGCUUCUAAGAAACGAGGUGGAUGAGUUGGAGAAGAAGUGCAAAGCCCAGCAGGAUCAGCUGUUCCAGGUCAAACAAGACUUGACCAACACAAGAGCAGAGCUGAAGCUGCGGGCUGUGCAGGCUGAGGAACGCUUGGAAGUGGAGAAAAAAAGAUUUAAAAAAAGCCUUGACGAUAUGGAAUCUCUUCGGGUGAAAGAGGUGGAUCAUAUGACACAGCACAUGGAGACCAGUCAGCGUUCCAUGCAGGACCGGAUCCAGAAGCUGGAGGGCAUCAGGAUAGCUCUGGAGGAGGAACUGAGCCAAGUCAAAGCAGCCACACUCGCUGAGCGAGGCCGAGCAGAGGAGGAGUUAAUAAAAGUCCGGAAUCAGGCACGGUUGGAGGAGCAGCAACGACUGGAACAGCUAGAAGAGAAGCUGCGACUGAUGACUGAGUUAUGGUAUGAAGCACAGAACUGCUGCCUUAAGCAAAAACAAAUGGUUGCUGAGGCCCAAGCCAAAGCCACUCAGCUGAACCUGCACACUGUUGGACUCCAACGGCGGCUAGAGGAACUUCAGCAGGACAUGAACAGUAAAGAAGAGGAGAAAGUGACAGAGGUGAAUAAAGUGAAAGUGGAAUUACAGGAGCAGAUUGGACACUUGCAGGCAGAACGCACAGCACAGGACGGGCUGAGAGAGAAGAUUGCAGCCCUGGAAAGAGAGAUGAAAGCCUUAUCAAGCAAUCACCGCGAGGCACUGCUGAACAAAGAAAGUGAAAUCUCUAUGCUGCUGGAGAAGCUGAGAAUGAGAGAGGCUGAAAUCUCUAGGAUGAGGGAAGUAGAGGCACAGCGAGCAAGUUUCUUGCAGAAUGCCAUCAUGGCAUACGUGCAGGGCUCCCCCUUGGGAACUCACAGUUCUAGGAAGUGAGAGUGUGGCUUAAAGAAUCCUGAUACCUGCUCUCAGGAGGAAGGUGAACAACUUAGGUGUAGCCACUUCUUUCCAAGUGGAACACUUUUGUCAGAGUAGAGUGACUCAAAGACUUGCAAACAGAGGAAAAAUUGCUUGUGCUGUUCAGAAAUCUUGCUUCUGGCCACAUAAAGGAGAGGAUAAAACAGCCAUGCGUGGCUGGGAUGGAGCCUUCUGGGUGUGCGUUCAUGAUGUGGAGCUCUGCUCUGCUACAGCAUUUGAAGUGGGUUUUGUGUCCUCUUGUACAGCACCAAUCUGUUGGCACGCCCUGUUGUUGCCCAGGGUUUGUAUGUUCCCUGGGCAGCGAUCCCUCUGAAGCUUUUGUUUAGAUGUCAGGGCUGCUCACGGUGAAACCCGAUAAAUGAUGGGCAGCAGUGUUUACAGUUUCCUGCAGGUAGGAGCCAUUUACUUACGGUGUUCGGAAGCUGCUGGAAAAAAUAGACCUUACCAUCCUGUGCCUUCAUACUCACAGACAGAAGCAGCGGCUGUCAGGACUUACUUUGGCUUUUCCAGCCCUUCUGUCCUGUGGCUGUGGUGGUGGGCAGUAGAUACACCUUCAUUAUGUCUAGAAACAGCUAUGCAGAGUGGGACAGCUGUGCAGUCGUGAUCCUUAUCCUUUCUGGGCUUUAGCCAUGGUUUGAGCCUCUACAACAUCUCCCGGCACAGAAAGGGUGAGGUGUCAGGGCUCAGUGUCUGUGCUUCCUCAUGUGUGAUCUGCAGCCCUUGGCUGGAGUUCCUCUUGCCAGAAUGUAGCAGCAUUUCAUCCCGUUAUGACAAACAGUAAAACUGUCCUGCUGGCUUCUCGGGAUCCUGGCCCUGAAUGCUGUUUCCUGGGCCUUAGAUAGGAGAGGAGCGAUGUUUCGAGUCACCACUGGGGAGUUGCUUCUGCACAAAUGGAAGAAAGUGCUUCCUUUUCCUGGCUGCAGAAGUCUUCAUGCAGCAUGGAGAAAGGGGAAGGGAUGCGAGGGUCUGAAUCGGAGCCAGAGGAGACCUUUGUCAGGACAGCAGCAUGAGAGCCUCCUAUUAGCUUCUGUAGGGAGUCUGCGGUGGGAGAAGUGAACGUCCUAUCCUGUAUUUUUAGAGGCAACUGGGAAAUGAAACUGCGUGGCCUGAUUGUUUUGUGUUCCUGCUGUUUCAUAUUGGGGUUUGCUCUGUUUUUAUAAUAAAGAGCUUUUGGGUUUUGCUGUGAUGCUGGCCAAUGCCAAGCUGGAUGUUUGGCUGAUGUGGAGGAAGGGCCUGCUGCUCUCUGACCCUCAUGAAGACCCUGCCACUCUGUCCUGGAGCUGAAGGGCUGCUGCAGGUCGGUACGCUCGAGGAUGCCUACAGGGUUUGGAUCUAAACUAAGGUAGCAGAGGCAGGGAACCCGUGUGCCAGUCACAAGGACAGGAGAGCCCCAGUCAAGGGGUGGAGGUAAGGGAACAGAAAAGCCUGUUUUGAGACAGCACCGUUACAGAGUGAUCGCUGUUCUCCAUUUGGAGAGGUGGAGGAAUCCAAAAGUGGUGCUUAUGCAGGAAUUUUGCUGCUCACAGGCAGCUUUCCCAGCACCUCGGGGCAGGUAAUGGUGAAACCUGCAGCUCAACGCAACCAGACUGGAAAGAAAGCUUCACCCUGGAGCCCCGGGGCACUCCGGGGUCCGUUCCCUGCGGGGGACAUGGAGGCAGCUCGAAGGACGCUGGGGACGGCUCGGGAGUCACUGGAACAGCUCCGGGGACACUGGGGACCGCUCAGAGGACACUGAGGCAGCUCA